CAACAACAAAAUUCAAAAGUGUAUGAUGAAAAAAAUUUUGGAUGAUAAUAUGUCCAUUGACAUCUUGUCAGACGAAGUAAAUCAAAAGUCGGAAUCGACGGAAGAUCAUGUUACGUCUCUAAAUUUUGAAUUAAUUCAAACUUUAAAAAGCUUAUUCGAACAGAUUACACAACACAGUAAAGAAUGUGACACCAAAGAAUUUUUAUCUAAAUUUAACGAUUUGAUUAGACUACCUCAUGUUCAACUUCGUGAAUCCUUUGAGAAAUUAGAGAUUACCCGAAUUGAUGAUAAAUUAUUAGAAACUUUGUGUAAUGACAUAAUACAGCAUGAAGAUAUCAUGUAUCAGAAUUAUGUCAUUUUCUUCAAAUUUACAUUUUUGGAAAAGAUACGUUUAAUCACGUCGAAGCCUUCACGUGACUUACUGUCCAUUCUUUCAAAAAUUACAAAAUCUAAAGGCAAACCAGUCGUCUAUGGAUUACUAUUGCCUUUAAUUAAAGAGUCUCAAGAGAUUGCUCGACCACAAUUGGAAGUUAUUACUCGAAUAAUUAAUGGAGGAUUGAGUGAGGAAUCUAUCGUAUCUCUAAUAAUAGAAUUAUUCUCUGAUUUCCGAAUGUUUAAUGAGUCUACCAGUGUAACCCUACCCAAUCAUCUUGAGAAAUGGGAUGAUUCAAUGAUUGAAAUAUUAUUUUCGAUAUUUAAUCAAAAAUUUCAAAUUGAAAAUCAAUAUAUUCUUAAAAGAUUUUUAUACCACUUGAAUCUUAAUCUUGAACUUCAACCUAAUAAUCAGAAAUUAGGUCAGAUAUUAUUAUUACUUGUUACUAAGCAUUCUGAAAGUAUUAUGGAUCAUUUGGAGGAAAUUAAAGUUGCAGCAGAAAAGUCAACUACAUUCUUAAAAAAGAGUGUUCUUGGAAAGGUAAAUUCAUUAACAAAUAAACGUACAUCACAUAAAUAAUGGAAAGAAAACUCGGCUUCUUUGGGUAAUAAAACUUCACUUGGUGAAAUUUCAUCAAUUUGAUAACUAUAAACAAUUAAUAAAUAAGUAUUAUUCUUUUCUCAUAAAGAAUGGAAAGGAAAUGAUUACUUUACCCAAGUCGAUUAAUAUAAAAAUCCAUUGCCAAUUUAUUUUUUUUAAACGUGGUUAACAUAACCUUAUUC